AUGAAGUUGCCUGUAAGCGUUCCUUUGAGCACGUACCUUGCAUAUAAACAAAAUAAAGAAGUCGAAUUUCAGCGUAAUUUGAAAUCCGAAAACUUUGAUUGGGAUAUAAAUCAUCCCAAAUUGCUCUCCUGCUUAUGCGUUGAAAAGUUGAGUGAUAUUUGGACUGGUUCUAAAUUGGACCAACUAUUGGCAAAGGAUCGUGAAUUAUUUCUGCAAAUUUUAAACACCGAUGUUCCUCUUCAACUUUUGGUAGACAACAUAAAAAAUGACAUUUUUUGGAAGCGUUGCUACUUAUCUAAGUGGAACGAUUCUUUGCUGUUGGCUGAAAGAAAACCUUGGAUCGCUUUAUUCAUGGAGCGUUUUUAUGCAGAGGUAUUAGAAAAUAUGAAUCCGAAGCAGUACGACCCAGAAAAGGUAAAUAAUUUGGUUAAGCUUUGUGGGCCUUACAUACAAUCACUGUACAUUAAAAGCUUAGUUCCAUCGGAUAUACCAGUGCAGAGAACCGUUUCACCAGAAAUGGAAAACCUCCUUACCAGUCGUCGGCAAAAAGAUCAAAAAACAGUUAGAAACCAAGGGUUAAAUAGAGAUCACAUUUCUUUACAUGCUGCUUUAGGUAGUUUAUGUAAUUUAACAGAACUUCAUUUAUCUUAUCAGUUAAGAUCAAUCGGUGUAGAAUACAGGAAAGACCAGUUUCAGUUUACUAACAACGAUGCGAGAAAUUUAGCUCAUGGCCUGGAGAAAUGUAGCCUAUUAAAAGUUCUAAGAAUAACGAGGAGUGACAUGAAUUGUCAAAGAGUUAAGUACAUAUUACGCGGUUUAUCUGAUAACUCAAACUUGGAAACGCUAGAUUUUAGUCAUUGUAAGAUUGGAGAUGAAGGAGCGUUGUCCGUUGCUAAAUUUAUAUCGAAACAUGAUAAACUGCGAAAUCUUAUUUUGGUCGACAAUGUGUUUGGUCCGAAUGGUAUUGAACAUAUAGCACACGUACUGAAUCAUACAAGUUGCGGUUUAAGAAAUUUAGAUUUGCGAUUAAACAAUAAGCUUGGUUCCGAUGGCGUUGCUCAUGCAGCGGUUGCCAUCGCACGGGGAUGUAACCUGACUUCCUUAAAUAUAUCUGGUUGUGGUAUAAAACCAGAUCCACUACAAAAGCCACCAGCAGGUGUUUGGUCCGCAUUGAAUGCUGAUAAUCCUCCAACUUGUGGGGAUUUAUUAGCACGAGCAAUCGGAUUGGUGAAAACACCACUGCGAUCGUUGGAUAUUAGUGUAAAUAAUAUUGGAUCACCUAGUGAUUUAACAUUAUCGAAUGCAAUUUGUCUCAGUUAUUUGAUAGACAUAAACUUAAAAAGAUCAGGAAUGAGUUCGAUGGCAAUGGCCAUAGCUGAAUCUGCGGCUGCUGAACAGAGACUAAGAAGAGAAGCAGAAAAGGGAAUAAGAUUUAGAAGAAGCGCUGGUAGAGUUGUACAAGCACGGAGAGUUGCUAAGGGCAUGAACAUAGAUGCAGAUCCAAUACUGUUAGCUCAACAACUAUCAGCUCGUCCGUCCAUUGUAUCUGUGACUUCAGAGGAAGGAACUUAUAAUAUUCUGGCACAGCCAUUAUCAACUGAUUUUGGAUUCGUACCAGCGCUUAAGAGCCCCUUACCAUCAUCUCGCACUUCAUCAUUAACGGGCGCAUCAACAUCAAGACGAUCCAGUCAUCAUGCAGUAUUGGAGCCGGUUAAAGAAGUUCGCCGUACUGCACUUGUGCGACGUCGUUCUGACGGUUCCUUAUUGGAGCCCCGUUAUGCGAAUGCAGAGCGUCACAUAAAAAUUUAU